GUCCAGUGGAACUGGGGUAAUUGUGGCCGUCUCAGGUCAGGCUCAGUCCCUGAUCUAUGCGGAAUAAAUAAUGGCCCAGCAAGAUGCCUAUACCUUUCUCAUCUUACCAGCCAAACCUGCAAAUUACCCAACAGAACCCACGCUGCUUUGGCUGGGAGGGCCGAAUGAGCCAGAGCUUGCAAGAGUCUAGCUGGGGGCAGAAGGGAGGAAGGAUACACACCCCUCCUGCUCCUGGUACCUCAUCUGCUCUUGAGAAUUAGCCUGGCAGCGGGAGCCCUUCAACUGGGUACUUCGUGUACUGCCGUCCUUUGACAUUUUCCUUCUGGGAAAACUUCUAGAGAAGCCAUUCUGGGAAAGAAUAAAAGUUUCCUGAGGUCAAGGACUUCCUUUUCCCUGCCAAAAUGGUGUCCAGAACUUUGAGCAUGUUGAAGGUCUUUGGAAAAACUCAAAGGCCAGAGGCUCUGUGCCUACAGGGCUGAGUGGACAAACCGCCCCUGCUGCGGCCCUGAGAAAUUACAGAAUAAGGAAGAGGCAAGGGAGGAAGCUGGAGAAAAAUGAAGCAUUGACUGGAGAUGUGUCUGAGGGUGGCCAGAGGUGAUCCAGUGAUUUGGGAGCUGCAGGUCACACAGGCUGCUCAGAGGGCUGCUGAACAGGAUGUCCUCGGACGACAGGCACCUGGGCUCCAGCUGCGGCUCCUUCAUCAAGACUGAGCCGUCCAGCCCGUCCUCGGGCAUCGAUGCCCUCAGCCACCACAGCCCCAGUGGCUCGUCCGACGCCAGCGGCGGCUUUGGCCUGGCCCUGGGCACCCACGCCAACGGUCUGGACUCGCCACCCAUGUUUGCAGGCGCCGGGCUGGGAGGCACCCCAUGCCGCAAGAGCUACGAGGACUGUGCCAGCGGCAUCAUGGAGGACUCGGCCAUCAAGUGCGAGUACAUGCUCAACGCCAUCCCCAAGCGCCUGUGCCUCGUGUGCGGGGACAUUGCCUCUGGCUACCACUACGGCGUGGCCUCCUGCGAGGCUUGCAAGGCCUUCUUCAAGAGGACCAUCCAAGGGAACAUUGAGUACAGCUGCCCGGCCACCAACGAGUGCGAGAUCACCAAACGGAGGCGCAAGUCCUGCCAGGCCUGCCGCUUCAUGAAAUGCCUCAAAGUGGGGAUGCUGAAGGAAGGUGUGCGCCUUGAUCGAGUGCGUGGAGGCCGUCAGAAAUACAAGCGACGGCUGGACUCAGAGAGCAGCCCAUACCUGAGCUUACAAAUUUCUCCACCUGCUAAAAAGCCAUUGACCAAGAUUGUCUCAUACCUACUGGUGGCCGAGCCGGACAAGCUCUAUGCCAUGCCUCCCCCCGGUAUGCCUGAGGGGGACAUCAAGGCCCUGACCACUCUCUGUGACCUGGCAGACCGAGAGCUUGUGGUCAUCAUUGGCUGGGCCAAGCACAUCCCAGGCUUCUCAAACCUCUCCCUGGGGGACCAGAUGAGCCUGCUGCAGAGUGCCUGGAUGGAAAUCCUCAUCCUGGGCAUCGUGUACCGCUCGCUGCCCUACGACGACAAGCUGGUGUACGCUGAGGACUACAUCAUGGAUGAGGAGCACUCCCGCCUCGCGGGGCUGCUGGAGCUCUACCGGGCCAUCCUGCAGCUGGUACGCAGGUACAAGAAGCUCAAGGUGGAGAAGGAGGAGUUUGUGACGCUCAAGGCCCUGGCCCUCGCCAACUCCGAUUCCAUGUACAUCGAGGAUCUGGAGGCUGUCCAGAAGCUGCAGGACCUGCUGCACGAGGCACUGCAGGACUACGAGCUGAGCCAGCGCCAUGAGGAGCCCCGGAGGACGGGCAAGCUGCUGCUGACACUGCCACUGCUGCGGCAGACGGCCGCCAAGGCCGUGCAGCACUUCUAUAGCGUCAAACUGCAGGGCAAAGUGCCCAUGCACAAACUCUUCCUGGAGAUGCUGGAGGCCAAGGUGUGAUGGCCCCGCACACGGACCAAUGCCCACCUACAGACGGACAAAUGGACAGACCGAGGUGGAGACCUCCACAACCACCAGCCUCCACCUUCAACCCCUGUAUCAUGGCUCUGAGCUGUCCCAGAGGUGGGGGUUUCUCACCUCCUGGCUGUGUGCAGACUCCCGGGUGCAGUGGGGCGGGGGACGGGGAUGGGGGGGCAGGGGUGUGGGGCUCGACUGUAACUGGCUUUUUCUUUGGUAUGUCUUUCCUUCUCCAUGGACGGUGCGGAGGCCUGGGCCAGGGCUGACUCCCUUCAGGAGUGGAGACCACUGGAGCAAGUGCCCUCUCCCCUCCACCGAGCCACCAAGAGGCAGCAUGUGCAUUUCCUAACUCCCUUGCCCCCUCCCCCAUCUGUGGCCUGGGUGGGCACCGCUCAGGCUGGAUACCACCUGGAGGUUUUCCUUCCGCAGAGGGCAG